AUGCAUCCCGAUCAUGCUGGUUCACGACAAGCUCACCUGCUUCCAGGCACUGCGCCGGCUUCCCGCUCGCUCGCCGGAGCCAAUCCGACCCCUCGCUACUCGCCCUCGCGCGAUACGAACGUCGCCAGCACCGAACCCGGCCAGUCCCUGAGAGCUGGGCGUCCCCAAUACCUAGGACACGGUAACAAUCAGGACUCGGUCGGAUCGAUUGUGAACGACCCUUUCUUCCAACGCUACAGCGCGCCCCCCCCGGACGCUGCUGACGACGGCUCGGACGGCAGCUCCAUUUACCAAUCCCUAGACAACGACGAAGACUACGACGACCGAACCACGAACGACCACGACUACGACGAUCGCGACAGCAAUGACAAUACCCCAAGCCAAGACUGGCCACCACCCCGUCGAGAGUCUCUGACCGCCCCCCCUUCAUCACACUGGUCACCCUCAUCCUCCACCAUGGAGGGCUUCAAUAUCGCCGUUAUCGGGUCCACCGGUGUCGGCAAAUCCUCCUUUGUCCAGCGCGUCCUCGGCCUCACCCGGCCACCAAUCUCGAACGCCUCCAGCGUGCGCGUGCUGGUAGACAACGUCUCCCAUGUCAUCACCCUUCUCGAACUGGAUCUGGAGUAUUUUGAAUUGAACCCAACCCAGCCAAUCCAAUGGCCAAAGCAGAUCAAUGGCCAUAUUGUACCGCGCGUUGACGCCGCCCUCAUCCUCUACGAUGUCAUGAAUCAGGAAUCUAUUCGCGAACUGCCUCAAACACUGGCUGCCCUCACCAAUUCCAAUCUCCCGUCCAGCUUGUUGGCCUGCAAAUGCGAGAACCCAGAGGAGAACUGGGAGGUCGAUGCAGACGCAAUGGCAAACCACCACCUCUUUAGGUCAUGCGUCGCUACCUAUAAGAUCUCCACAGACAGGCCCGAGAUUGCUAGGAUUUGUCUGAACACAAUCCUACGAGCCGCGAUAUCCCAUAGAAGAGAAGAAAAUGGUGAGGCGAUCUCACGCCGCCGAGCACAGUCCGUCGCCCAUCUCGAGGCUCUCGAUCCAAGUGUCGGACGACCCCUGAGCCAAAAUAGCAAGCAUAGCAGAGCGAGCUCCGACUUUUCCCUACUGCGCGGAUUCCCUAAUCCUCCUGUUACCGAAAACUACCGCGCCCGCAGUCCGCGAGUCGGCCAGCAUCAGAGUGCUGGUGCCUCUCCAAAUCCAGGUCGCGACUUGGGAGACCAUGGCCAAGCGCAAACCGUGAGCAGCAUGCUCAGAACACCCGGUAUACGACUCGACAGGCAAGGCAGUGAUCCUCACUUGGACGUGGAAGAAUCAGAUGCUGAAUCGUAUCGACAUUCGGAUGAUAUCCCUAUCCUACAACGUAAUGACGACAAUGUCCUCGACAAGCCUCCUAAGAUGGCGGGAGUAUCAUUUGAUGAAUUGGUGGAUCGUCUCCUUGCUCCCAGGCUGUCAAGAGCAGACAACAACUUCUCUGACAUCUUCCUCUGUCUGUAUCGGAAGUUUGCAGCUCCUGGCGAGCUCUUCUCGGCCAUUCUCACACGAUUGGAUCAUGUACGAGAAGACAAGACUGCUCAUUAUCUGUCAAAAACAGCCACGCAGCUCCGAAUCAUCGAGAUGGUAGCCAAAUGGGUGUCACUUUACCCCGGCGACUUUGCACGCCACGCUACCAGGCGAAACCUUGAAGACUUUAUUAAACAUCUUUCCACAGAACCCAUCUUCUCUAUAGCAGCUCAGCACAUGCGUCGAAAUCUUCAGUUUAACGUCGUGGAAGAUGAUGACACUGGGUGGGCAAACGCAGAUGACACAGGCGAUAUGAUUGCGAGCGAAAUAUUGUCCAAAGACAUGCAUGAGUUGUCUUUAGGCGUUACUGCGCUACAGGUCGACGAAGAUAUAGAUGGGAGACCAUCAGGCAGCUCGGAAACGUCGUUUGUGGACAGGGGAAGCAGCGUCGGGAGCCAAGUACAGUUUCAUUCAUUUGAAGAGUACGAAAGAGUGGCGUCAAGCCUGGAACCCGCAGACACCCUGCCUAUGAACAAGUUCCGGUACCACAUCUUCAUGGAAAUCCCCGAUGAUGACGUGGCGGACGAGUUGACGCGCAUCGACUGGAUCAUGUUUUCGUCCAUUCGAAUUCGCGACUUUGUCAGGCACGUCAGCUUGUCUACGGCGCAGAAGGAGAAGUGCAAGAGCUUGAAUAAUGUCAACCGGAUGAUCAAUCACUUCAAUCACGUCGCGAAGUGGGUUGCAAACAUGAUCCUCCUACGAGACAAGGCAAAGCACCGAGCACAAAUGCUCGACAAGUUUAUGAGCAUUGCGUUGAAGCUGCGACAACUGAAUAAUUAUAACGGACUGGCUGCCGUUCUGGCUGGUGUUAAUGGGACAGCAAUUCACCGAUUGACCCAGACGCGAGCGUUGGUGCCAGCUGAGACGCAGAAACGAUUCGCGCGAUUGGUGAUAUUGAUGGGAACUCAGAAGAGUCACUUUGCUUACCGGCUGGCUUGGGAAAACUCGCCUCUACCGCGUGUUCCCUUCAUCCCGCUUCACCGGCGAGAUCUUGUGUCUGCCGAGGAGGGUAGCAAGACGUUUGUCGGCCCUGACGGUGAUCGCAUCAACUGGAAGAAGUUCGAGGUCUUGGGAGAAGUGUUACUGCCAAUCAUGAAAAGUCAGGGCAGCGCGUACCCCAACCUGCGCAAGCAUGACAAUGCGCGAGAGCUGAUUCUCAACUGCCGGAUGCCAAUAGAUGACGAGGAUAUCUAUCAGCGAAGUGUCCAGGUUGAGAGCACGUCGGGAGGACCGGCCGAGCCACCUAGGAAGAAGUUUCCUUGGUUUGCCAAAUAG